AGGAAGUCGUUGUUUCUCAUAAAUGUGUGUCACUGCGUUUUGUCCAUGAACAUAAACGAUGAUUCGAUUAUUAGAAACAAUAUUUUUUUUCUAUUUCAUAUCACACAUUCCUAUUACGUUAUUCAUCGACUUGCAACCUAUUCUACCAGCACAGCUGUAUCCCCAAACUCUAAAAGACCUACUCAAGUGGUAUGCAAAUGAGUUUAAAGACCCACUGCUGCUGCACCCUCCGGAGUGGUUCAAGUCUUUCAUCGUUUGUGAGGGUUUGCUGCAAAUGCCGUUCUUCCCGAUUGCAGCAUAUGCUUUCCUCAAAGGGGGCUGUCACUGGAUAAGGACUCCAGCCAUCAUUUAUUCUACGCAUGUUGCCACCACGUUGAUCCCAAUUCUUUCUCACAUCUUCUUCCACAACUACCCUACUGAAAGCUCCGGAGGACCAGUGACACAGCAGGAACGUUGGACGCUUGCAUUCAUUUAUGCUCCGUACUUGUUUGUCCCUGUCAUGCUACUCUUCACCAUGCUGCUGUCAACCACAUACAACCCCCCCAGCAAUAUGCAAAAUAUACCGCCUAACAAAAUUAAGAAGAAAAAAUAGUGUUGCCUGGGUUCCAAAAUUUGGUGAAGAAAGUGAGUUGUGAAUUAAUCACUGAAUUCCACUCUCCAGAAAAUUCCUUAGAACAAGACAUGAGCUCUUGUUUCUGAAUCAUGGCGAAUGAACUUUUAAGUAGUAAUAAUACAGUGCCUUGCAAAAGUAUUCGGCCCCCUUGAACCUUGCAACCUUUCGCCACAUUUCAGGCUUCAAACAUAAAGAUAUAAAAUU